CGUCACUCUUUAGAAAUGGACACAUGACUGGUAGGCUGGAUAUCAACGGUGAGAGAGGGUGUUCGGAAACACCGGGGUCCAAAUACUACGGAUGAGCGGCGCAGCCCGUUUUGAUACGUGUAAUGGCAAAUUCGGAGACGAAAACUCCCAAAUUUCAAUUUAAGUCCCCGUUUGGUCUUCACGUGACGACGUAUGUGGGGGACGUCACUGACGCUGUGGCUGACGCCAUUGUGACAGGAGAAGACAAGAUGAUGAAACACGAGAGCUUUGUCACGAAGGCUCUCAUCAAACUCGACCCCCUGUUCGAGAUCGACAGAGAGGACAUGAAGAAAAAGCACUUGACCUUCCCCCUCUGGAACGUACUGACCAACCGGGCUAAGGACCAGGUCGUGUUCCACGCCUUCCUGUCCGCAUGUCCGCCAAGCCAGACCAAACAGUGGGCCAUCAACAUGAAGCGGCUGUACGAGACGAUGUUCCAGGAGGCGGAGAAGAACGACAUCCUGGUGUUGGCGCUCCCGCUGCUUGGCGGAGGGUUGUCUAACCUCGACGACGCGGUGCAAGUUGCCGUGACCUCAGUCGCGACCUUCAAACCGAAGACCCUGACCGACGUCUUGUUCGUGUCCAUGGACGAGCUGCUGGUAGAUCAGAUUGCUGCUCUGUGUAAGUUCGAGUUCAGUGGGCGGCCCCAGAGUGACAAGACAAAGAGAUCGGUGUCCUUCAAACUGGACGAGGAAGAGGACGAGAAACCCAGAUCCAGGUCCAAGCAUAAAAAGUCCAAGUUCCAUCGUGGUGGAAUCCGGCGUGGUACGAGAAGAGGCUCUGAGUCUUCUAUAGACAGUACUGGAUCUGACGAUCAUGAGUGGACCAGGAUUAGACAAAAUAAAGAAAAUCAUAGUACAAAUCUUCGAACAGGAACUAGACAAAGUAAAGGAAAUAGAACUAACACGCAAACAGGAACCAGAGAAAAUAAUUAUAAUAAUAAUCCUAGGCAAAUAGCAACGGGAAAUGGUCAUGAUUCUGAAUUAGAGAAGGAUUAUAAUCCGCCGAAGAUACAUUUUGGAAGAAGUUAUCUUGAUACAUUUGAAGCCUAUGACUUUACAAAUGGUGAUGACACAGGUGAAACAGGUGCAAUCAGGAAACCGAAGAAGUCAAGAUAUUCCCCAGCAUCAUCUGAUGAGGAACAUCGAACUGAUAAACCUGUCGUUCGUCCAUCGAUGAAGGGGACGAGAGUCAGUGUUGAUGGGAAGACGUAUGACUUGAACAUGAAGUAUGAAGGCGGCCCUCUACUCAAGUCAGCCGAAGAUGUCAGAGAGAAGGUCAUAGGACCUGGCAAGGAGAACAAACCAUCUUCAGAAACACCACGGAAAGAACAAGCCGUGUCUAAACCCACGAAGGCGGUGACUAACUCGACAUACAAACCGUCGUACAAACCACUGCCACCAACCAAACCGUCAAAGGUCAGACAAGCGAAGAAACCUGCGGGUCAAAAACCAGUGUCGCCUGUUAAAGUCGACCAGUUGAAACUGGAUGAACCUGACACCCCAAGGAGGACGAAGUCUAGCGAGCUGGGAAGGACGAGGAAGAGGUCUCAGUCAUUGGCAGCCAAGGUGGAAGAGGAAGCUCUAGAGCUUCUCCGAGCUCAACAUGAGAUGAACAAAGCCAAAGAAAACGUGCCCGCUAUCCACAUCAGCACCGAGGAGGCCGACUUACCCGAGUGGACAGUGGGGAAAGGCCAUAGUUUGACCCCCGAAGCUAAUCCCUUGUCAAGUCAGAACAGAAGUUCCUGGAGUUCUGACGAAGAGGAGGUCAAGACGGAGACUCAGGGUGUAGACUGUCCUAUGUGUUCACGUGUGAUGAAGCAUCCCAAAACGUUAGAUAAAUGUGGGCAUGUAUUCUGUAGCGGGUGUAUAGACAGACAUUUUGCUAGUUACAAACCUGUGUGUCCCACCUGUGACAUGGUGUAUGGAGUCAUCAUCGGCAAUCAGCCGGAAGGGAAGAUGGACGUGGGCCUGGUAGACGAUCGCUUACCUGGCUACAGUAAAUACGACACCAUAGUCAUCACGUAUCGCAUCCCUGAUGGCGUCCAAGGGCCUGCACAUCCUGAUCCGGGCGAGCCCUACAAAGGGGUGACAAGGAAAGCGUACCUACCAAACUCUACCAAAGGAAUGGGAAUUCUUAGACUUUUAAGAACAGCAUUUAAACGAAAGUUGAUAUUCACGAUCGUUUGUGCGGCAUCAUCCGACCAGAGUUAUGUGGUGACGUGGGGCGACAUUCAUCAUAAGACCAACAUGAAGGGAGGGACAGCUAGGUUCGGCUACCCCGACGACACGUAUCUGACCCGGGUCAAGGAGGAUCUAGCCAGGAAGGGAGUCACCGAAUAGGAUCUUAACUUCUAAACAUUAAUGGAUUGAUAAUUCACCAAUAUAUGUUUUCCAAGCACAUUCAUUGUUGUCGUUGAUGGUAAUGUUUCCAAUGACAAAAUCCAAAGGGAUGAAGAACAUGCAUGUGUCUCCACUUGCAUCAUCUGACUCUUUCUACAUGCUCGACAAAGUGCCAUGAUGUUUUACUGACAGGUGUUAAUAUAUCAGGUAUUCCAGUUAUACACGGGCUCCAGUGUUUUAUCAUUUUACCUGGUGAGGUGUAAUAAUAAUAAAAUAAUAAUAAUAAUAUUCAUUAUAAUAAUAAUGUUCAUAUCUAUAAAGCGCCAAGUCCACACCCCUGUUGGGAGUACACAACACUUUCUGUCACAGAGUCGAUGGAAGGUUUGUAGUUUGGAAGAUAUUCAAAUUGUCAGGUGGGUCAUAAAUAAACACACGCUUGGUAUCCUCGCCGUGA